AUGGCAACCAUCCUUCCUGUAGUAAUGGAUGCAGGAAUGAUAAAUUUAACAUAUAGUUAUAAUGAACACCAUAAGACUAAUGCCAUCGACUCCAAGGACAGCUUUUAUGAGCCCGAUUGUCUGAAAAAUGUCAUCUAUUCUUUAAUUGUUUUAAUCUGCAUUCCAGGGUUUAUUGGAAAUGGAAUUGUCAUCCAGCAUUUGGGUUUCAAGAUUAAGAGGAAUCCUUUCACUGUCUAUAUCCUCAAUUUGGCUGUGGCUCAGAGUGGGACUCUCAUAUUCCUUUUUCUGCAUGGAAUUCAAUACCUAAUUGAUCAGGGUUUUCACAUAGAAAUACUAGAAGGUUUCAUAUGGACUUACUGCACUGGUCAACUUUUUCUGACUAUCAUCAGCAUUGACCGGUGUUUGGCUCUCUUCUUCCCCAUUUGGUAUCAAUACCGUCAGUCCAUAUGCCUGUCCACCAUGAUUUGUUGCGCCGCGUGGAUAAUCUCUUUAUUUAUCUACGCCAUAAAUUACGCUCUGUUUCUGACUGUUUGGGGUAAAGCAGUGCCCCCACUCUACCACUUUCUCACAUGCACCUCAGUUUGCGCCCCACUCAUUGCGUUCUCGAGUCUGACCCUCUUUGUCAGAAGUUACCUUAAAUCACGAAUGAAAACGCAAGAGAAGCUUCCCAAAGCUAUCCUCCUUGCCCUCUUUUUCUUCCUCAUCUUUUCUUUGCCACUAAUUGACAUUUGUAUAAUCAAUGUUAUUUACAACGAAAAGCGUUUAAAAUUCAUGAUGUACGGCUACCUGUUUGCCUGUCUAAACAGCAGUGUUAACCCACUGAUCUAUUUUCUGGUGGGGAGAAAGAAGGCAUAUCAAACCAUGUGCCACGGAAAAAUGAGCCUUCAGAGAGUUUUUGAGGAAGAGGAAGAGAAUGAAAAGCAACCAAUAGUCCAGAAUGAUAUCCCUUCAUGUUGUAGUGACAAGAGUGGAAACAAUUCCUAUUUCUAUAUCUCCCAGCCAGGAUCUGAAAAAUUAAUUCAGACAAACCUGCUCUGGAAAAUAUAG